AUUCAUUUUGCCGUGUGGCUUCUCUUCCCUACGUCUGGGCUUUUCUGAGGCUGCGGGAGAUGGUCAGGUCCGGAUCUCGACCGGGCCAGGUGAGGGCUGCGGACCUGAGGGGUGCACUAUGCGGCCGGAAAAGGACUGAGAGGGAUUUUGGCCCGGGAGGCGUGUAAAACUCUGCUUGAAAAAAAUAAAAACAGAGAAUGCGGUGGCAUUAAAAGUGCUGGGACAGGGGGAGUGGGGAGACAAUCUUCCCGUCCUCACACAGCCGCUCCGUCCGUUUAAAUCGUCGUCACCCUGCAGAGCGCUGGCUUCGGGGCGAGCCCCAGCCGUCGCCGCUCGGUCGAGUGGCUUAACGUCUCCUAGCUUCAGUGCAUCGUUGCAACAAAUCCAGCUUCCCAGCUCCUCCACCAGCGCCGCUGUUACGAAUCUUCCGUCACUAUUGCUGGUGGUUUUUUUUUUUUUUAAGUUUGCCGAUUAGAGUCUCUGCCUUUAGCUUUACUCCUCUCAAAUGCCUGCCCCUCGUUGCAGCUAAAUGAUUCAGCUUAAAAUCCGACUCGUCUUUUUCAAGGUGUUACCUUCAGGAAGGCACACCGGACCUGCUAAAUUAACAAAUGGAAAGAAAGGGACCCACUUAAGAAAAAUAUCACGUUUUGAUGAAGAUUCUGGCAAUCCCAUCCAUUCUGAUUUCGAAAGUCGGACUGAAACCAUACAGGGACUUGAUGGUUGUGCGUCUUUGCUGUGGGACAUUUUGAGAAAUGAAGAUUCAGGUUCAGAAACAGCACAUUCAGAAAAUAGACACAAUCCCAGACCUUUAGAAAGAAAAAGAUAUGGAUCUAAAAAGAAAGGACAUGAAAAACAUACUGUUCCAUUAGUAAUCCAGAAAGAAAUAUUAUCUUCAGAUAAUAAGAAACAGAUACAUAAUGAAGCUUCUGCUGGAAGUGAAAGAGACACGUCAGACAUAGCACAGAAUUGGCCAUUGCAAGAUCAUGAUAGAAUGUAUUCACCCAUAAUAUAUCAAGCCCUCUGUGAGCAUGUACAAACUCAAAUGUCACUGAUGAAUAACUUGGCUUCAAAGAACAGCCCUAAUGGAAUUCCUGCUGUACCUUGCCAAUUUGUGUCUGGUUCUGAAUCUCAGACAACUCCACAUUCUAGUUCUGGUUUAUGUACCUCCACCCCAGUCUGGUCACCUCAGCCACCACCCUGCCCUCCAAAGGUUCAUUCCUCUCAUGGAAAAGAAACUCAUCCAGAUAGCAAGACACACCAAAGCCCCACUCAAUCACUGCCAGCUUUCUUGGCCACUAAUGAAGAAAAAUGCGCCAGAGAACAAAUUGGAGAGGCUACAAGUGAAGGAAAGGAUUUAAAUGUACAUGUGCGAGAUGCAAAAAUAGUCAAGGAUAUACAAAAGGCAAAAAAUUUGAACCAGACUACUGAAAAAGUUAGAACUUUAAAGUAUUUGUUGGGGGAACUGAAGGCCCUGGUAGCAGAACAAGAGGAUUCAGAAAUUCAGAGGUUGAUUACAGAAGUGGAGGCAUGUGUAUCUAUGCUUCCAGCAGUAAGUGUAAGCACAGAUAUUGAAGUUGAAAUAGCACUGGCCAUGCAACCAUUAAGAAGUGAAAAUGCUCAGUUACGAAGGCAGUUGAGAAUUUUGAACCAGAAACUUAGAGAACAAGAAAAAACUCAUAAGGCAUCUGGUACUAUGGAAUGCAAUCUUGAAUUGUUUUCUCUUCAGUCAUUGAAUGUAUCACUACAAAAUCAAUUGCAAGAGUCACUAAAGAGCCAGGAAUUGCUACAGAAUAAAAAUGAAGAGCUCUUAAAAGUGAUUAAAAAUCAGAAAGAGGAAAACAAAAAAUUUACUAACAUAUUUAAAGACAAAGAUCAAACUAUACUUGAAAAUAAACAGCAAUUUGACAUUGAGAUAACAAGAAUAAAAAUUGAAUUGGAGGAAGCCUUAGUCAAUGUGAAAAGCUCCCGGUUUAAAUUAGAAACUGCUGAAAAGGAGAAUCAGAUACUAGGAAUAACAUUACGUCAGCGUGAUGCUGAGGUGACUCGACUGAGAGAAUUAACCAGAACUUUACAGAAAAGUAUGGCAAAGCUUCUCUCAGAUCUUAGUAUGGACAGUACUCGCAGCAAGCCUGGGAAUAACCUUACCAAAUCACUUCUGAACAUUUAUGAUAAACAACUUCAACAGGACCCCUCCCCUGCUCACACUUCCAUAAUGAGCUAUCUAAAUAAGUUAGAAACAAAUCACAGUUUUACACAUUCAGUGCCACUCUCUAUAAUUAAAAAUGAGGAAACCAUGGAGCCAGACAGACCUUAUGAAAAUGUCCUGCUCUCCAAAGGCCCUCAGCACAGUAAUACUAAGGACAUGGAGGAAGUGUCCACACCUGGAAUUAUUUCUACCCUUUCAAAACCGGGUUUUGAUGAGAGUGAAACUAUGACUUUAAUAGGAGAUGAGUGUAAUUUGGAUAAUACAAUUUACAUUCCUUUUGCUAGAAGCACUUCCAAAAAGAAAUCACCGCUUUCUAAGAGAAUAUCCCCCCAGCCUCAGAUAAAUGUAGCUGCAACACAGCUAGUCAGCAACAGUGGACUUUUUGUCUCUGAAAAAGAAAAUAAAUUGUGUGCAUCUGUAGUUUGUUCUUCAAAAAAGGAAGCAGAAGAUGCACCUGAAAAACUUUCCAGAACUGCUGACAUGGAGGACAUACAGCUCCUCAAGAAAAUAAAGGAAGCCAUUGGUAAGAUCCCUGCUGCCACUGAGGAUCCGGAGGAACAGGCUGUAUGUCACAGCCAGGCAGCUUGUCACAGCAGCAGCAUUCAAGUGAAAGGCAAUACUGUCUCUGAUGGUAGUUUUUUAAAUUCUGACUUGAUGUCUGACUGGAGCAUCUCUUCUUUUUCAACAUUCACUUCUCGUGAUGAACAAGACUUCAGAAAUGGCCUUGCAGCAUUAGAUGCCAACAUAGCUAGACUUCAGAAGGCCUUAAGGACAGGUCUUCUGGAGAAAUGAAUUCAGAAGAAAAUUUAAGUGAGUGCUUCUUUUUAAGAAUAGAAGAACUUGGCUAUA